UGCCCAGCAACAAUACUCUGACGUCAUCCGUCCCAACGCGACCCUGCUGCUCUGCGUUUGAUUGGAGGGAAACCCCGUGGAUGAGCGGGAGAGAUCAUCAGCUGUGCGGCCGUGGCAGCAGGAGCGACACCGUUUAUCGACAUUCACAGAAGCCAUGGCAGACAAGUCCGAGCUGGUACAGAAGGCCAAACUGGCCGAGCAGGCUGAGCGCUAUGACGACAUGGCCGCUGCCAUGAAGGCCGUCACUGAGGAGGGCUCGGAGCUCAACAACGAGGAGCGAAACCUGCUCUCAGUGGCCUACAAGAACGUGGUGGGAGCCAGGAGGUCCUCAUGGAGGGUGGUGUCCAGCAUGGAGCAGAAGUCGGAUGGCACCAAGACUGCGCUGGCAAAGGAGUACAGGGAGAAAAUCGAGAAGGAGCUGAAUGACAUCUGCAAGGAAGUUCUGGACCUGCUUGACAAACAUCUGAUCCCCAAAGCUACUCCAGCUGACAGCAAAGUCUUCUACCUAAAGAUGAAGGGAGAUUACUACCGUUACCUGGCUGAGGUGGCAACCGGGGAGGACAAAGAAACCAUCAUCAAUAACUCACAAGAGGCCUACCAGAAGGCAUUGGAUAUCAGCAUUAAAGAAAUGCCUGCCACACAUCCCAUCCGCCUUGGCCUCGCUCUCAACUUUUCUGUUUUCUACUAUGAGAUUGUCAACUCGCCUGAUAAGGCCUGCCAACUGGCCAAAUCGGCGUUCGAUGAAGCCAUAGCCAUGCUGGACACACUCAACAGCGACUCCUACAAAGACAGCACACUGAUCAUGCAGCUGCUCCGUGACAAUCUGACUCUGUGGAUGUCUGACACACAGGGAGAGGGAGAGGAUGAAGGAAAAGAGACCGAGCAGGAGCCGGCAGCCGAGAAGAACUGAAUCGCAGAGGGGAAAACAGGAGAAAAAUAAACACAUUUUUUACCUCUCACCAGCCUAAGUUGUGUGCUUGGUUGUGUGUGUGUGUGUGAGCACAUACAUGCAGAUAUGUAUGUUUACACUCCAAUGACUGUGUAAAAGUACGGGAUGUGUGUGCAGAUCCAUUGAAGUGCGUGUGUUUGGCAUGAGUGUAUGGUAACUGUAUGAACACCUCCACAGAGAAAAGAAUGAAAUAGACUUGAUUUCCUUACCAACAUCAUUUUUCCAUAACCCUGUGUUAUUUUUUAUUUUUUUUUGCCUUGAGUUUGUCGGGUUUAGAUCUGCCCCAAUAAUCUGUACUAUUUAUCAGUGUAGCAAACUGCUGCUGUUGCAGGAAAACACACCUCUAAUCUGUUUCUGGAGAGUUCCUGUUUUUACUUGAACUACAAUAACCUUUGUGACACAUUAGUCCACUAAAGUUUCUCUGAAACCACUGUAUAGAAUACAGCGAGUUUUCUAAACGUCCAAUCUGACAGUAAGCAGUGAUUGUACGCUGUUCCUCGUAAAGAUCUGUCUGAAUAGUGCUUGUAUGCAUCCCGCCCUGUUGGUGUCCAAUGUAGCCGGUAGCGUGUUAAUGGAUGGUACAUAUUUCAGGAAGGGUUUUCUGUUUGAACAACCACUUACACUUUGGUCCAUUUGUUGAGUGACUUAUCAACUGAAAUGUGUAAUAUUUGAUUUCUUAUAGUUUUGCAUACCACAUAAUAAAGCUAACAGCCUACAAUGAUUACAUCUUGUUUAAGAAAUGGCUUGAUACUGUAACUUUUUGAUAUUUUAACUCUUCAGUGCUGUGGAGGAUACUUUAUGCCAUGUGCUUUUAUGUGGCUUUCUACUCUUUUUCUAUUCAGGUAUUAUUUUCUCUUAAUUUCCUGUGUUUUAUUCCUGCAGACUUUUUCUCAGUGGGGGGUUAGGCAUGCUUCUCAACAGGCAGUUUUGGUUUAGGAUUUAGCUUUAACCUCAUGUUUUAUUGUAACUUUUUUUUUUUAUGGGAGUACAUCAUAAAAUGUGGAGUAAAAAUGAGUAUCUAAAUAACGUCGUAGAAAGCUUCAUUAAAGUCAUUUCGUAGUUGCAUAGUUGUGCCAGUCUCUUCGAAUUACAGUAUCUUGGUUUAAAAAGGUGGGAUACAAUAUUCAGAAUUUGCAAGUAACACAUUGAGUGCAUUCUUUAUGUGCUUUCUUGUAAGUGGAAUUAAAACAAUUCAAAC